AACAUUAUUGCCUCAGUCUUUGGCCGGCCUUCAAUCGCGCAGCUUAGUUCCCAUUCGGUGUGCGGCCAAACGCUUUGCCAUAUGCUACUCUGCGCUCUUCCCAGCGAUUUCAUUGCGCGCUCUCUUCCGUUCGGUUUCUUCUGCGGAAUUGCGAAAUAAUCGCCAGCAUUUCGUUUGCGUCAAAUAUUUGGCAAACACGUGUUGUGCCCCAUAAUUGCGACCAGCAUUUGUUCCUAUUGUUUUUUCUUGUUGUUUUAUGCGCCGGCCGCCCGUUGGCCCGACUACGUUCGCGUCCAGAGUACAAGGUACACGUCAUCGGCGACGCGCUCGCACGCUAAUUGCUGAGCGGCAAAUCGCCACGAGAUACGCACUCAAAGAAAGCGUAUAGAAACAAAGCAAUCCUCAGUGAUUCACGGGCUGCCAGAGCGGCCGGUCGAGUUAAGCGGAACAGCGGAACGACAGUGAUAGCUGAGAAAUGGGCUACGAUGAGGUUAUCGUGCAGCUGGGCGAUUUCGGGCGGUAUCAGAUGAUCAUCUAUACGCUGAUCUGUCUGACAUCCAUACCGGUUGCCUUUCACAAGCUCGCCGGCGUUUUUCUGCUCGCCACGCCGGAUUUUCGCUGUGCCCUGCCCACGGAUGUGGACGGAUCGGCCAGCUAUGAGCUGCCCGCGCAGCUGAAGGAGCUCGCGUAUCCGGCCACGGACAAGUGCGCCUACUACGAGCUGGCCUAUGCCAACGGCAGCUACUACAGGGCCAGCAAUGAGACCCACAGCUGCAGUAGCUACAUCUAUGACCAGUCCAGGUACCAGAACAGCGCCGUCACCGAGUUCGAUUUAGUCUGUGGUCGCGGCUUCUUGGCGGCCACCAGCGACUCGAUGUUCAUGCUGGGCGUGCUGCUGGGCAGCAUCAUCUUUGGCCAGCUGAGCGACAAGUACGGACGCAAGCCCAUCUUCUUUGCCUCGCUGGUCAUUCAGGUGAUCUUCGGUUUGGUGGCGGCCGUGGCGCCAGAAUACUUCAGCUACACCCUGGCGCGCAUCAUUGUGGGCGGCACCACAUCGGGCGUGUUCCUGGUCGCCUAUGUGAUAGCCAUGGAAAUGGUCGGUCCCGCCAAACGUCUGUACGCUGGCAUCUUUGUGAUGAUGUUCUUCUCCAUAGGCUACAUGCUGACGGCGGCAUUUGCCUACUUCAUCCACGACUGGCGCUGGCUGCAGAUUGGCCUGACGCUGCCCGGUCUGCUGUUCAUGUGCUACUAUUGGAUCAUACCCGAGUCUGUGCGCUGGCUGCUGUCGAAGGGACGCAAGGCGGAUGCCAUCCAGGUCAUACAGAAGGCGGCGCGUUUCAAUCGUGUGGACAUAACAACGGAGGCGUUGGAGGCGUUGCUAGAUGAGGGCGCCAGCUGCAAACAGGAGCAGAAGCUGGGCCAGGAGGAGGAUGAUGAUGAUGGCAUCGAGGAGGCAAGGCCACCCUCUGUAUGGGAUCUGCUGCAUUAUCCGAAUCUGCGACGCAAGACGCUGGUCAUAUUCUUUGAUUGGCUCGUCUGCACCGGCGUCUACUAUGGCCUCUCCUGGAGCACCAACAACCUGGGCGGCAAUGUGCUGCUCAAUUUUGUGAUCUCCGGCGCCGUGGAAAUACCCGCCUACGGUUUUUUGCUCUUGACGCUCAACAGAUGGGGACGCCGCUCGAUACUCUGCGGCUGCAUGCUGGUUGCCGGCGUCAGCCUCCUGCUGACCAUCAUUGUGCCGCAGGACAUGCACUGGUUGACUGUCACGUGCGCCAUGGUCGGCAAGCUGGCCAUAACCGGCUCCUACGGCACCAUCUAUCUCUUCUCCAGCGAACAGUUCCCCACGGUGGUGCGCACCGUGGGCAUGGGUGCCGCCUCCAUGGUCUCGCGCUUGACGGGCAUGCUGGCGCCCUAUCUGAACGCCUUGGCCACCCUCUGGCCGCCACUGCCGCUCGUCGUCUACGGCGCCCUCUCGCUGGCCGCCGGCUGUCUGUCGCUGCUGCUGCCCGAGACGCACAACAGGCCGACGUUGGAGACAAUUGCCGACGGCGAGCGCUUCGGCAAGAAGCAGCCGGCGGAUGCGUAUCUGGAGACGGGCAAAGAGCUGCGCGAGACGCAGCCGCUGAACUCUGUCCAGGCCAAUGGCAAUGGUCACAAAUUCUAGGAAAAGGCAAACGAGAACAACAACAACAACAAUAAACUUUGCUCUGGCCCCGCCGCUUGCUAGGUAACAAUUAAUUAAGUUUGUUAAUUAUACUAAAGCCAAGCGCUGCCCGGGGUCAUUAAUCUUCUAGCUGACGAAUCUUAGCACAUUUUUCCUACACAUUUAGUUCCAUAAAAGACAAAGUAUUAUAUUUCAAAAAUCUCAUAUGCAUGCCAAAAAAAAAAAAAAACAGUAUGGAAAAAAAGAAAAGAGCGCAUAGAAAAUUCUUCUCUUUAAGCAUUUAGCAGGGCACAGAGGCGGCGCACAGGGGGGGUUGUUUAUUUUUGCCCUGCCUGUAUUCCAUUUGAGCAUUUGGCCAAAUCCAAGACAGCGUCCCCGGAAGCCGAUCUUCCAAGCCAACAAAUUGGCCCCUGCCCACUAAGACAGUGUAUUAUGCAUGUAUUUAAUAUAUAAUUAUAUAAAUAUAUAUAUAUAUAUAAAUGUGUACUUAUGAGCUACUUAAAGCCAAACGAAUUUUUAGACAAUUGUACUUAUCUCUGUGUACUUAUGUUCAAAAUCAAAUAUUGUAUCUUUUCUAUACCAAAGCAAAUAAAUACAACUUCUCGGAAACGAUUUGCUCAGUUUCAAUCUAA